AUGAAGGUCUUCUCGUCAAAUUGUACCUUUGACUACUCAUGGGAGGAGGUCUCAACGGCGAACUGGCGGAAGUACUGUCCAUGGAAUGAUAAAUCACCACAUGUCGUGGGGGUAGAUACCCUAUCGCGAAACGUUGAUCCCGGGACGGGAAUUCUGCGCACCGAACGACUUAUCACGUGCCAUCAAUCCGCUCCGCAAUGGGUUCUGUCGUUGUUCGGAGGUACGGCAACGUCUCACGUCUACGAGGUGUCUUACGUUGAUCCUGUCGCGAAGAAAGUUACAAUGUGCUCCACAAAUCUCACAUGGGCAAAUGUUCUGAGUGUCCGCGAAACUGUUAUAUACCAACGGUCACCAUCGAUGCCUUCGUCUUCAACCGAUUUCCGGCAGGAAGCUCAGAUCACUGCUCUUUGCGGUGGCUGGCAGAAGAUCAAAAACAAGGUUGAAGAGGCAAGCGUCGAAAGGUUCAAGGAGAAUGCCAAACGGGGUAGGGAGGGGUUCGAAGCUGUCCUUGAAAUGAGCCGACGAGUCUUCAGCGAACAGCGUGAGCUUGAGACUAGCGCUGCGUGA